CCGCCUCCAUAGUAUUACAACCACUUAGCUCACUUAUUAGUUUCUCUCUCUCACUCUCUCCCUCUUGGUAACAGUUUCCAUUUACAUUUUUCCAUGUGAAUGUUAAUUUUGAAACUUAUUAAACUGAAGAGUUUUUUUUUUCAAAUCAAUCAUCUAACUGAUUUAAAAAUGAUUUACCUUCAAUUGUUGUUAACAGCAAUUUCAAUUGUCUCCACUUCGGCAGCUACCAAAUCAGUGGUUUCAGCUCCGGUUAAUUGUGACAAUUGUCCAGAAUUAAAAUACACUCAUCAUUAUAACGCUAAAGGAUGUAAUCCAGUUUACAGAUCAGGUUGUCCAAAUUGUGUUGACCAAUUUGAUUGUCCAGUCACUCAAAAAGAUUCAAAUAAAUGUUAUUAUGGUGGAGAAGCAUAUGAAAUUGAUUCAGAUAUUCGAGUAUCCAAUCCAUGUACAAUAUGCCGAUGUACAAGUCAUGGUAACAAUGAGACUGAUAUUUCAUGUGCUCAUGUUGAAUGUCCAGAAUUGUUUAACCGAUCAUUUCAAGACUCAAAUGAUACAUGUUACUAUUCAUAUAAACCUGGUCGAUGUUGUGGUGCUAAGAGAUGCCCCCGAUCGGAAGAUCAGGUCAAACCAAUGGUCACUUGUUCGUAUGAGGGAAAAGUUUAUAAAGAAGGUCAACAAAUUGAGCUUCCCGAUUGUUACACAUGCACUUGUACCGCUGAUUUUAAUGUCACCACGAUAAAAAAUAGUCCAGCUUGUCACCAACAUAUUUGCUAUUUUAAUACGAAAAUGCUGGAAGAUGGUUGCGUUCCAGUUUAUCUUCCUUCUGGUUGUUGUUAUUCCCAAUUCCAUUGCCCUCCACCCAACCUUGAACAGAGACGGAAAAACUGUCGCCAGGAACAUUAUUAUGGUUAUUGUGAUCAGAAUGUAACUCGUUAUCGAUUCGAUUAUGAAAACAGUACUUGUCUUCCGUUUACUUAUUCCGGUUGUGGUGGUUCAGUGAAUACCUUUGAAUCUCAAUCUGAUUGUCUUGAUUAUUGCACAUCACCCGAUGAAGUUGUUAACACAAGUCUCACUCCUGGUCACUGUUUAUAUCAUGGAAACUUGUAUCCAAUUGGAUCUCAACUACAAACAACCCAAGGUUACACAUGUACUUGUAAUAUUCCACCAGAUUUUACCUGUAUUAUAAAUAGUUAAAAAAUCAAUACAAUUUGUAAAUCAACUUGUUAAACAUUUUGUGAGAAAAAGAAAACAAAUAACAGCAAAUGCUUAAAAUAAAGAAACAAAGAAGCAGUUACCAUAAAAGUAAA